UUUUAGAUUUUUUUACAACAACCAAACCAUUAACCAUAUGUUACACAAUUAUAUUGCUUCAUUUAUCAAUUAUCAUCAAUGGGAGAAAGCUACUCGUCUCAAGUUUUGGCCGCCAUGGACCGCCUUUGGUUCCACCAUAUCAUUUUAUCCUCCGAAACUACUUCAGUACUUAGCUCUAAGGCUGCCUUACAAACGGUUAUGAGUUCGUCAUCUGAGUCUUUACAAUGGGAGGGAGAUUAUGCAUCAACAAACUCUUCCACCACCACAAUCUCUCAGAAUGAUUUGAACAAUGAAGUAGAAGAGGGAUAUGAAAAUCGUGUAGGGAGGAAAAGAUUAGCAAGGACAAAAUUGAAAUGCAAUAAAAGUCGGUCACAAUCUUCCUCUCCAUCGAUUCAAAGAGCACGAAAGAGUUUAAAUAAUGAUUCAAUGAAAGAAAGCCAUAAAUUGCAAAAAUUCUCAAGUUGUAGUACAUUGCAUGAUCUUGAGCUAGAAGAGCUUAAAGGGUUCAUGGAUUUGGGAUUCCAAUUUGAAAAGGAUCAACUUAGCCCUAGAACUAUGAGUGUAGUUCCGGGAUUACAAAGACUAGGAGAGCACGUUGUUACUACAAAUAGAACAAAUGGUUGUGAUGAUAUUGAAGGUCAAAGAGAAGAGAAAAAGGUGGGAGUUUUGAAGCCGUAUUUGUCUGAAGCAUGGAUGGUAAAGAGACCGGACUCACCGUUGCUUAGGUUGAAGAUGGCAAGGGUUUCUAGAGCUGAAGAAAUGAAGGAAUGCCUUAAGCUUUGGGCUAGAACUGUUGCAUCUUCUGUGCAUUCUGAUUAGAUACAUUUUUUACAUAUGGCAAUUCAUUUGUUAUUUUUUUUUUUUUUUUUUACGCAUAGCACACCCGGUUCACCGGAGCUUAGCUCCGACUACAUCCGGAUCCGACCCGUGUCGCACACCUUGCUUAUGGUGGGUGAGUCUCCCAACAAGAGUUUCUGCAUACGGCGAGGCUCGAACUCGAGACCUCCCUUAAGCGGCAUCAAGCUGCUUACCACUUGAGCCAACUCUAUAUUGAUAGUUCUAUAGAUAUUAGGAAAUUAAAGGAACAAAUUGAUUCAUUUAUCAAGUUCAUCGAGAUUUUGAUUGUAAUUCUCCAACUCAUAUUCAUCCUAUUGGUCUUAGAACGUAUUGUACAAAUUAAUCAAGUAUAGGCCUAUAUAGAGAUAAUUUAUUUAAGAAACUUGCAAUUCGUGGCUGUUGUUUGUUGCCUAGCUACAUCAUUGUGCAUGUUAUGAAAAAUACCCUACAUGUAUUUCACUAUUUGCUGUAACGUAUUAAUGAAAUGUAUUCUAGAGUCUCCGCUCAACA